AUGAGCAGGGCUGUCUUUCACGGAUCGUCUUCCGGCCCGCCGGCACCUUCCAAGGAAAUUGCGCGGCGGGCUGUAGAUUAUGAAUAUAAUCCACAAAUAUCUCUAUCACAAUGGCUCCGAACGGCGUCUACGAUUCUACGGGAGGCGGAUACUUACUUCAAAGAAGGCAACGAAGAGCAAUCUUUCUUGCUAUAUAUGCGGCAUAUGGACCUGAUAGUUACCCACCUACCAUCCCAUCCGCAAGCCCGAGAUCCCCGAUAUGAGAAAAUGCUGGUAGAUAUGAAUACGAAAUUCCCGGCGAUAGCAGGGCGAAUGGAGAAACUCAAAUCGAACAUCAACGCUCGGCACGAAGCUUACCAACGAGAGCGACAACAGCAACUACAGAAGGAACAAGAAGAACAAGCUCUAAUACGGCAACAACGGCGGAGUCGGGGGUCAUCGAUAUCUUCAAAUGGCUCCACGUCGUACGGACAGUACGGACAUGCGGUUGAUGGUAGAGGCUCCUAUUUUUCGGACACGCAGAGUAGCAGAGGGCGGCCGGGAGAGUUGGAGAAGAUGGGAAGGAGGCUUAGUAUGCAGACUUCUCAUAGCUCGAACACAUCACCGAGCUUGCACCCGGCUUUUUCGUCGAGAGAGCACUUCGAGGAACAUGGAUGGAGCUAUGAGCCGGCUAUCCCGACACCGACGGAGUCAGUUGGAAGCAGAAGGAUUUCGUGGAAGAAACCAGAUGACGAGUUCGAUUUGCAGAGGAGGUUGCAGGAACUACAGCUGAGGACCCAAACACCGGUACCGCUCGCGUUACUACCCGGACAGUCAAAACGGGAAGAGAAGGAGAAGGAAAAGGACAAGGACAAGGACAAGGGAGGUCUGGGUACCCUGAAAGCCUUGGAGGCUAAAGUGACACCGCGGCCAGUGUCGAUGCCGUAUCCGUUACUGGAAGCCAAAGCUCGCACAGAGUAUCCCAUGGUCCCGAAACGAGCGCCAUAUCCUGGAAUCCAGACCCAACUGCCCAAUAUCGAUGAUUUUGCGAACCCCUCGAAGCUCGAACAGUACAGGCACUCUAUUGAUCGUCAACCAACUCUUCCUCCGAAGAUUAGGGAUGAAUUUGAUCCCAAUUACACCGCCCCUCGACCGUCGAUGGGCCCCCCUCCACGGCCGUUGAAAGAUAGAGCGCCAUCUGCACCCUCUCUAGCCGGUACUUACCCGGAGCCGCCGGAGAAACCGAAGCGGAAACAUACAUUUGAGUGUGUGGCUUACACUGAACGGGGAGAACCACUGCGAACGAUUUUCAUCCCGAAGGAUCUGAGAUCAGAGUUCCUUGCGAUUGCGGACCGAAACACAAGAAGAAACCUCGAGACCUGUGGUAUACUUGCAGGGUUCCUUAGGGACAAUGCCCUGUUUGUGACUAGGCUCGUUAUACCUCAACAAGAGUCCACCUCAGAUACUUGUAAUAUGACAGAUGAGCCGGCGUUGUUUGACUAUAUCGACAAAGAGGAUUUGAUGGUUUUGGGGUGGAUUCAUACGCAUCCAACGCAAACAUGCUUCAUGAGCUCUGUGGAUUUGCAUACACAUUAUGGGUUCCAAAUGAUGUUACCUGAAUGCAUUGCAAUUGUUUGCGCUCCGAAUCAUGAACCAUCAUAUGGUGUUUUCCGAUUGACUGAUCCUGGGGGGCUCAAGACGAUUAAGACUUGCACGAACAAGGGGUUGUUCCACCCUCAUUCCAGCCCUGAUGUCUAUACAGAUGCUAUCCGGCCGGGCCACGUUUGCGAGGUCGAUAAGUUGAGGUUUAAGAUACACGACCUUCGAACCCAGUAA